AUGAAGACGUGCAGGACAACCAGGAGUUGGCGCCGGCGGCACCGGAGGAGGGGCAUCAAGAACGGUAGCAACUAUUGUUACCUCAACGCCAGCAUUCAAAUGCUGCUGGCGUUGCCAGGGGUCAGGACUAUGGUGUUCCAAAGCAUGUCUGGCAUGGUCCCAGGCAACGAUGUCGACACGAACAACACCUGCCCCACAAAGGAGGACGUGAUGAAGGUGAUAAUGGCGGCGAAGAGGUUCACAGAACGAGGGGGCACGCGUGCAGACGGAGACACAGUGCUCAUGGCGAAGAGGAUCACCGUCCACGUCUUGGGAUGGGCCUUUAAGCACACUACAAACGAGAGGGCAUCAAGCGGAACCAGGCUGGGGAGUACUCGGGGAAACCACGCAUGA